AUGAAAUACUGCAGCAGGUCGACAUUGGCGGCGGUGGCCGCAGUUCUGGCGAUUGUGGCACUUUCCGCCGUAGCCGAGGGCAGAAAGGGUCCCGACAUAAGCAUCCUGAGAGGUGCCAGCUGCACGGGGAAAUCCAAAAACAACGGCUACGACAAGAGCGUCGCACGUCUGCUGGAGCUCUUAGUGCAGGACACCAGGAACGUGCACAGGAAAGAGAACAGCAAUUACAGGUACACAGUCGAUUUCCCGGAUUCCGAGGUCGGAUCGGCGACCGGCGGCGCUACCUGCGACGUUGCCCUUGGGAAGACGGAAUGCUGGGGCUGCCUUGUCGCUGCGAGGAAGAGGUUGGUUGAGGGAUGUGCGGAUCCCAUAAAGGCUAGCGUGAGGCUCCAUGAUUGUUCUCUUUGGUUCGACAAGAUCUGCUCCUGA